CUUGACGAGACUUGUACACUUGUGGCUCCGCUUGGCUCAAGCUCACAAAUUAAGGUUACCCCACAGCUGCCUACUCUGCACUACAUCUAUAUAAACAGUUGCCCUCUCGAACCACCUGCCCAAACUGAAUCUAUCCAUAUCCACUGUCUUCUACUCCUCGUCAAGGGAUCAUCAAACGUGCCGCGGUUAGAAGAACGUUGGAGGUUGUGCUAUUAGCCUUGAAUGUGCCAAAUGGUAAAACGAGCGGCUACAAAGACCUGAUUCGAUGCUGGUUGUUGUGGAACUGCACCCUUCAAGAGCACCAUCCUUAAUCCUCAAUAAGCUCGAGCGAGCGAGCCGGUUUCUCCACCAAAGCUUCUCCAAUUCGAACCACGUCCUCAUCUACAACUCCAUAUACGCCAAGCCAUCUGCCUCUAGUCCACCCCAAAUUAAGUCCAUGAGCUCAGAGCGUAGGUACCAAUUCAUGGUAACCUAGAUCGAGGUACUUGGUGCUGGGUACAAAUAGGACCUACAGGUUGUAGCCGAGGAUUACCACCCCUCCAUUCUGCCGCAACGCAUUGUCCGUACCCCAUAUCCCAAAUAGGAAGCUGAGAAUUUUUGGAGGGCGGUGCAAUAUCUGUGGCAGUCUUCGCCAAGAGCCACCAUCCAAUUACCAUUCCCUAGCAGGAGUGCUAUGUGGCGUCCUGGUACAGCACCGCAACACCGCCAACAGACGACUCGGUGCCACCGUUGAGACUCGCAGACAACCGAAGGCUCAAUUCCGGAUUAUAUGCACGUAGGAAGGCUGAAUACUUUUAAAUUCAGUUCAGAAAGCACCGAUCUUGGGACCUUCCGCUUUAGGAAAGUACUUCAACUGUACUAGAAGAGACUCGGGGAAAGCUCAGAAGAGGGCUCAAAGGCAUGAAACAUCUUUUUCGGUCUACAAACAAAAAGAGUAUGGAUUCCCAUUCCCCAACCGCGCGGCUCUCUCCAGAUCAAUCUCAGGUAGGAUUCUACAUGGACGACAAACUCAAUGUACAUGAGCGUCUAGAUCCUGGUCGUAAGCCACCCUUCACUUCUCGACCCUAUAUACACGGGCCUCUUUCCCCAAAACCCCUUCCUUAUCCACCUUUUUUCUUCUAUCAAUAUGGGUGAGAAGUGUCGUUGCUAAUAUUCAAUUUUUUAGUGGUGGGCAAUGUUGUCGAAGUUCCACUUGGUCCUUCCAGUAACCAUCUCUUAUCAUACAGCAAAGCAGAAACAGCGACUAUUCGAUCACAUAGUAUGUAACAUUUUCGAAAUGUCAAAGUUAUGCUUAUCCCCCGAUAUCGGUGUCACUAGGUUGUGCAACCAUUUGUAAUUGACUGAGAGUAAAACACAUUUACUCUUUACUCUAUUUGUUGUUCAGACUUGACUCGAGGCACCAAGUUCAAUUGUCUUAAAAGUCUAGGACAAUUUAAUUUGGUAUUUUCUUGAUUCCUCAUUAUUGAAGAUCUGGAAAUGUGUAAUAGGAUAGUGCAUUUCGACCAGAGUCACAAAUUUCUGUAUUUCCUGGUGUGGUGUCACACACAAUAUGGUCGACAGAUCCCUCAAUUCCUUCAGAAUCAUGGCUAAUCAAGACUGCUCACACUACUUAGAUCUCUCGCAUUCCAGUCAUCCUAACGAAAGUUUACUGCUCUCACUCCCAAGCGAGCUGAUCUGCCAUAUACUUCUGUUCUUAAACCCUCUUGAACUGGCUUUGAUCUCCUCUACAUGUCGAUUGCUAGCUCAUCACUCAAAGUCGGACCUGUGCUGGCAACGGCAUGUCCAAGACAACGUCCCAGGGUUACAGUUGAGCUCUCCAUUUCCAUGUAAGAACUACAGAGAACUCUACAUGGCGCACGACCCCCAUUGGUUUCUGAGCAAGUAUAAGAUCUGGUUCUGUGAUUACUUUCUCACAGGAAAGCUGAUACUUGCUCGCUACGACCCUCGUCGUGGAUGUAUCGAAGGAUAUCGACUAGUUGCAGCACGGUCUGAGCCAAAUUAUGUUCCAUGGGAACUCGAUGAUGAAGUACUCAUUCAUUCGUUCAAUCCAACCUUGCAAUUACACAUGGAUCAACCAAUAUUACAACUUGAUGCACUUUCUUCGGAAUCAUUAGUCUCGUCUGGAGGUGAUAAUGAGCCCAUUCGAAGAUGGAGCGCAGAGACACCAAUGCGCAUGCAUGAACGAAACCAUCAAGGUUUCUAUUCGAAUUUUCUUCUUGCACGGCCUGUGGAGGAACGCCCGGGAAUGGCUUUGUGGCCACCUGAAAUAAUUCCCGCCAGUUCCCGAGUAAGAAAUGCAAGUCAAGAGGCGUUUGUGGGUGGUGGACACAGGCCAUCUAAACGUAGCGACAUUUGUGAGUCUGCAUUCCGUGUUCGACGAUGGAUGGAGAUGGCCCCAGGUCCCAAUGUUCCCGGAGUACAUCUCGGCGAAGCAGUCUACACUUAUGCCACGUUGGAUCCCGAAGUUUACACACCCACCGAAGACAAGCCCUGGAGAGGGAUUUUCGUAGGCGAUUACAGUGGGCAUGGCUGCGAAUUUCUCCUCAUGCACCAGCCCGACGAUGAGGAGCCAUUUGACGAGGCUUCGGUUGUGCAACGGGAAGACGAAACAUUAGAAGAAUGGCAACGGAGGAAAAGAGAGGAGAAGAUUUUCCGUGGCAAGAUAGAAGCCAUCAAAUUGACAGGCGAUCCAAACGUACCUAGGGGGGAAUACACUUUUGUCGCUGAUGACAUUUCUGAGAAAGGGUUCAUUCGGAUUGCCACCGAGAAAAGCUUCAAGGGAGCGCGAGGUUGGUUAUUCUUUUCUGGAACUUAUGCUUUAACAUCAUGCUAAUAGUUUCCUCCAGUGGUAAAAAGUCGAGGUCAUGUUGCUGCUCGCAUGUUCCGUGACGACAGGUAUAUUGAAAGCCAGUUGAUGCUGAUCUCACCAGAUCGACUUGCUCAAUAUUGGCUUGGGUAUGGACAUAUUAGCUUUUACGAACGUGUAAACAUCGAUAAAUUUCUCUCGCCAUACGAUGACCCACCGCCGGCAUGUCCGUAGAGAGAACUUUCGGCAGCAGCUUUAGUUUGAAAACAUUCAGCACUAGUUGAUUCACUUAGAUGCAUUUGCUUAGAGCAUGUAGUUUAAUUGUCAAUCAUAUGCCUUCUCAAACACCCUUUGCAUGUUUUAGUCAUGCUUGUGAUGCUGACCAGCAGAUAGAAUACCUCGCUUCAUGCUCCUUUCUCUGAAUAAAAUACAUUAGAUGAACGGUUUCAUAUGAGCUCAUUGGUCAGUUGCCGGAUCUCUACGUAGAGGCUAUAGCUGCUACUGCUACCGCAUUAGGAAUGUAUUCUAGAAACUCGAUUCGAACCAGGGCAUCUGUUUAUUUUUAUUGACUCUGCAGGGUUUUAGUUAGGUAGAUGUAGGCCCUAUCAUUUCUUGUGUUAAAUCCAUUAGGCUCAAAGUGAGGCCAAGUCAGAAGGUGUGAGAUGCGUAAAUUGAAACGUUCCUCAAAAUUCUACCGAGGGGGUUCUUUUUCCUUAAAAGGGAUAAAACAAUGUAGACGUACUCGAGCUCGAGACAUAGGUCGUACAGUACGGCAAAGUUCUACAACCCAAGUGAAAUGUAAAUCACGCGUUUGGCGGGGAGGUGCAUCACAUGUGAACCCCGCGGCCAGAACUGAAAGCCAGGGAUGACUACGUCACCCCACCACCGUCUCCGAGUGGAAGGCAAAACCUGGGUCCACGGGAAAUCCCAACCAAACAAAAUCUCAGCUACGUCAAUGUCCCCGACAUCCUCCUAGACUAGACUGCAAAUACUGCGCAUCUCGAGAAACUCUGAGCAAAAAGGUAUGGGAUCGUACGAGACAUUGUUCAUGGCGCAAUCAGACUGACAUGUUGUUUUCAUAGAUCAAGACUUUUGAAGAACGCAAAUCGAGAGACUGAAGCAAGGGUGGCCAUGGCACAUAAUUAUAUCUUGCGCGUCACUGCGGGUUCGGAAUACGAUAUUGCGAAGCAUCAGAUUGUUCCUGUGAACAAGGCGGAAUCUAUAACCAUAGAGAGUGAACAUAUAUCUGUCUCCCUCAAUGUUCGCAUCCAGGUAUGGCUUGCACUCUGACCCUCCUGGUUUGCUCUGUCCGAGUUCUAAUGAGAUACAGAAUUAUCGCGGACUCCCCAAAAACUCCCCUCAAUCCUCCCCGUACUUCGACCUCCCUCCCCAUGCAUCUGCCAAAGAUCAAUACUCGAUAGCAUUCAAAUUCACCCCGAAGAAGACAAUCAAUGGGAAUGAUCUCGUGUUUGGCAAUGACUUCGAUCAUCCUAUCCGGGACCGUUUGCCACCAGGAUUUGGGACCGCAUUCAAGAUUGUCAAAUGGGUGGUGGAUCCGGGUAUAGAUGGGGAUGUAUAUGGAGAUAAACCGUAUUUGUAUGGACCUGCAGGCAGCAGUGUCAAUGUACUACAUGUCGGUGAUAAAUCUGGGGGACAAGCUGCCAAAGGAAAUAGCAGCGAAGCAGAGGAUGUGGGUUUAGUGUUUGAGGAGGGGGGCGUGGAGGAGGGACUUGAAGUGAGAAGUGAGAAGAGUGUUCCGGAUACGAUUGCUGCGCGAAAGAAGUUCUUUUUGAAUGAGGAGAAUAGGAAGAAUUGGGAGUGGGAGGCUGGAAGAAGUUAUGGAUGUGAUUUCUACAAUCCAUAUUUGGAUUUUAAUGGUGUGUCAUCCUUCCCUCAUUGUCUUGCUAUGGGAGCUAGGCCUGCACAGAAAUAUCGUUUUAACUAACCCUUUUCUUAGAAUUCGCUCUACGACUGCCUGGUUUUACGUUACCUAUCAUGAGUAAGUGCAUCUCUCGAAAUCUCCGUCCCAAACAGCACGUAGCAUAAUCUAGCAAUCAUACUCAGGCCAUCUAUUGCUCAACGCUAACCAUUUCCACAGAAUACUGGGACGGACAAGGAUUAAGGUAAGUCACAUACAUUACCCCAUACUAUCAUAUGUUUUAGCGAUCAAGCCCACCUGAUUUGGUUUUCUCCACCACCUACAGUCAAGAACAAAAAAUCAAGCGCUCACACACGCUUAGAUACGUUCUCAAAGAUCGAUCGACGGAUCAACUUCUCUUCUGUGUGUUAUUUACGUUGUAUUUGAAGGAGGACGUUGAUGAGGAGGGGAAUGUCAACGAAGGUGUUGAGGGGAGUAUUCCUUUGGAACUGAGAAGCGAGGAGGAGAGGAAGAAGUAUGCGGCUGCUGCUAAUGGGGAGACUGUUGAGAGUCAUGAUGGUGGGAAGGGCGAGGUUAAGGAAGCCAAGAAGGAGAAUGAGAGGGUUGUGGAGACGGGGGCGGAUGAUGUUGAUUAAUUGUAUUUUGAGGGGGGUGGGGUAAUGGAUAUGGCGUAAAGGAGGACAGGAUGGGACAGGAUGGAAAAUGGAUGGUGGGUAAGCUACGACGAAGGAUCUUCAUUGGCUGUGAUUGGCACUACUGGCUGUUGAUACAGAUGGCUACGGAUACACGAUACACGAAUACAGGGCUUGUAACGAUAGACUUUCAAGGAAGGCGUGCUGCAAGCAAACAGCAUUGCAAGCGAACAGCAUUGCAAGCGAAUCUUCUUUUAAAGAGAUCAGAAAUUUAAUGUGGCGGAAUCAAUCUCC